AUGGCGCCUGGCAGACCGGUGUACCGUUCUGGCGACGGAAUACAUGGACCGGAGAUUGAGGAUGUUAUUCUUGGUCUUUUCAAACUCCACGGAUCGGAUCGGAGCCUUCAAGUUGACAACAGUACAUAUGGAAGAAUGUCAACCUGGACGUGCAACUGUUCUUCAUCUGUCUACUACAGUACUCUCGUGCCUCGCGAGCCCCAUGGCUUCUCAGCUGCAGACGCUUUUGUUACAUACAAACUCAAAUCGCCUCGUGGACUUGCCGACACAUGGCCGUCUUGGUCUUGGAAAAAGGAGGAUUCUCGCAAAAUCCUCGCUUUAUUUGAGCGAGGCCUAAUAACCGGACCAACUCCUUAUGGCUCCCCCCGAACCCACAAGCCCCAACAAGCCCUGCUUCUGCGGUACUUCCUGUCGAUACUUGCCCUGGGCUCGAUUACACAGCCCAACACCUUCUUUCGCUUCCGCCGCGAUGGUUUAGGGCUCCUGUUGCCGGGGUUUAGACCGCCUGAUGGAAACGUUCUAGAAAUACCCGGCCUUCUCGAGGACCGGCGGAGUACGAGCAUCACCCCUGGGCAUUUGGAAGGCGGUUCGGCCUCCCCCCUGCCCCUCAAUGGAAAAAAGUUCAGAAAUGAGGCCCAAGAACCAGUGAACCACAGGCCUCUCCGGGCUCCGUUGAAGAUGAUCCCCGGCUCGGUACCCGCUUCGCCGCAAGGAUUAUCGGUGCAUGUGAGCAUCGAGAACCCGCACCCCACCGGCAACUUGUUUGCAAAGGCCCACCGUACGUGGGUGGUAUCGCAGUGGUGUCAGUGCAACUCCAAACAUAAAAGGCCGAGCCUCUGGCAUAACUGUAAAGUGAAGCCCGGCGGCACCAUACCACCCACCAGAAAACUGUUGAAGCUACUGCUGGACUCGGAGAAACCACCCCCGGACAGAUGUCCGAGCUUGACAGGCGAUCCGUCCCGAGCCUCCACGCCGCAGCAUAUGCGUUCACAUGAUGUGAAAGAGCGGCUGCGCAAGAGAUUAUUCUCGGAAAAUGGACAGAACAUCCGCCAGGGUUAA